AUGUUGGCCGGAUGGACUGCUAUCGUUCAAGCUCCUACUCAAGAAUGCUUUGCAUCGAUGCUUGAAGACUUCACAAAGCUCUAUGGCAUUGAUAAACCGCUUACAUCCGCUGCAUGCACGUACAUGGUCAAUCUUUUCAAGGACAAACAGCACUUUACGAAACAUCUCACCAACGGAUUGUUACAUUUCAACAACAUCGCAACGUCUGUAGCGGAAAGUUCCCAUGCAGCGAUAAAGAGGUCUUUGAAUGGCACCACAGGGAACCUCUUCCAGACUACGAAGAACGUUCUCCGAUACAUGAGUGCAACACAAGCAAAGAUCUUUCUCGAGCAUGCGAUUGAACAUCGCGCCAAGUUGUUACACUUGCCUGAUUGCUUUGCUCUUCAUGAUUGCGACGAUUACAUCCAGAAUCGAAGACGCCUACCGUUUGUUCUGGACGACUUUCACCCGUACUGGCACAUCGUACAAGAGAGCAGUUUGGUACAAGACGCAAAGAAGAUUGGGAAAUAUACACCUCGUAUCGAUCCUCGAGAGUUCUUCCAUAUCGAAGAAGAAGUGGAAACUUCCACUGCACCUCGGAUCAACAAUCCUUACUUGGAGGAACCAUCUGAAUCAUCGAUACGGGAGAACGACUCGCCAACAGUCUUGAACCCUGCUCGAAAGGCAAAGAUUGGACGUGUAACAACCGUUCGACCGAGCCAAACGGAUGGCACAAUCGCAUCGUUGCCUCGUUCACAACAACCAUCUGCUACAGAACGUUUGCAAGGGGUCGUUCCUCCUCAAGACAUCUACGCACCCACAGCUUCGACCCAACGCGUACGAAGUGCUCAUGAGAACGUCGAGAAGCCCAAAACUAUUCGGAAAUGCGGCGCAUGCAAGCAGCCAGGUCACAACAAGAACAGUCGCAAGUGCAAUAAGGGGAACGAAGCGAGGCUGCUUCAAAUGGUAUCUAGCUCACAAACGGCAGAGCAAAGAUCCCUCUCGACUUUACAACACUCUCAAUCACAAGCAACCAUGCAAGGCGUCGUUCCUUCCUCCAGCUUUGCAGGGUAUCAGCACGUCGUCAGGCCGCUGGCUUCCACGUCAUCGUUGCUCCUGGCAACAGCAAGUCAAACUUCCCACGCGUCAAUCCCUUUCAUGUCUAUGCCUCCACCACCUUUGGCUAUGACGCAACCACGCAUCGACACGCAGGGAAGGCAGCAGUGGACGAUGCAAUAG